UCACACCGUUUCAUCCUGUUUGCUAGAGGAAAAACUUUCAGUCCGUCUCAUCUGGUGCACCAGAGCUGCACAAAAUGCAAACCACCGGGUGUUUAGCAAGCAGAGACCGGUACGCUCGUGACGUAUAUUAAUUUCUGACGCGGAAUGAGACAGAAGGCGACUUGAACUUACAUCCACGGCUCACUGAGGACAAAUAACUAACGUUAGCCUGUGUUUAGUGUGUGUGUUUAAGUGUGUGCGUUUGUGUGUGUGAGAGAGGGCUCGCGCAGUCUCACCGCUACAAAUUACAUUACCGCUCGUUUGAACAGCACAGACUCCUUCAGAGCGUAUUUGAGUGUCUCUAAGGACAUGAGGUGGUUUGGCUGCACAGUCAUGCCAAUGUUGAGCCCGUGAUUGAGUAGCUGUGCUCCAGGCCAGCAAAAGGUCACAGCAUGUCCAGUUCGGGCUUUCCCCCCAGCCAGGGGUCCUUCAGCAGCGAACAGAGCCGUUACCCCCCACACUCAGUGCAGUACACCUUCAGCUCCACACGCCACCCGCAGGAGUUCUCAGUAUCAGACUACCGCAAUCCCCUGCAGGACCAGCAGCGUCGCAGACCUUCACUACUGUCUGAAUUCCACCCUGGGACCGAGAGGCCACCGGAGCGCAGACAUGGUUAUGAGCAGCAGUUCCACGCCAUCUCAGCUCAACAGGAGCAGGAGGCUCUCGAGAGCAAGCGUCCCCGCAUAGAGAAUGUGUCCGAAACACACUUUUCAAGAUCUCAGCCCACCAGCAUCAUACUGCCCUCUCAACACACCCUACAGGACAGCAUCAGGACCUCCGCAGAUGUCAAGAAGGAAAGCCAGUUUGGUGUGAAGGUGGAGGCCUCGUCCCCAGGUGGAGUUCCACAGGUUGGUGAGGAUGCAGAUACUUCGCCCUCCAAACUCUCCAAGGAGGAGUUGAUUCAGAGCAUGGACCGCGUCGACCGUGAGAUUGCCAAGGUCGAGCAGCAGAUUUUCAAGCUGAAAAAGAAACAGCAACAACUGGAGGAGGAGGCAGCAAAGCCGGUAGAGCCAGAAAAGCCAGUGACGCCGCCUCCUGUGGAACACAAACAUCGCAGCAUCGUCCAGAUCAUUUAUGACGAGAACCGGAAAAAGGCAGAGGAAGCCCAUAAGAUACUGGAGGGGUUGGGGCCUAAAGUGGAGCUGCCUCUGUACAACCAGCCCUCUGAUACUAAAGUCUACCAUGACAACAUUAAGACGAAUCAGGUGAUGAGGAAGAAGCUGAUUCUGUUUUUCAAGAGGAGAAAUCAUGCACGCAAACAGAGGGAGCAGAAAAUUUGUCAGCGGUAUGAUGAACUCAUGACAGAGUGGGAGAAAAAAGUUGAGCGUAUGGAAAACAACCCACGCCGUAAAGCCAAAGAGAGCCGCACACGAGAAUACUAUGAGAGGCAGUUUCCUGAAAUCCGCAAACAGCGCGAGCAACAGGAGCGUUUCCAGAGAGUUGGCCAGAGGGGGACAGGCCUGUCUGCCACCAUCGCAAGAAGUGAACAUGAGAUUUCUGAGAUCAUUGACGGCCUCUCGGAGCAGGAGAACAAUGAGAAGCAGAUGAGGCAGUUGUCCGUCAUUCCUCCCAUGAUGUACGAUUCAGAGCAGCGGAGAGUGAAGUUUAUUAAUAUGAACGGUCUGAUGGAUGACCCCAUGAAGGUCUACAAGUCCCGCCAGUUCAUGAAUGUCUGGACCGAACACGAGAAGGAGAUCUUUAGGGAGAAGUUUGUGCAGCAUCCCAAGAACUUCGGGCUAAUCGCCUCUUUUCUGGAGAGGAAGUGUGUGUCUGAUUGUGUGCUGUACUACUAUUUGACUAAGAAGAGUCAAAACUAUAAAACGCUUGUCAGACGAAAUUUUGGAAACCGAAGGCGACGGAAUCAGCAGAUAACACGACCUUCACAGGAAGAGAAGACAGAAGACAAGAACGAAGAGGACAAAUCCGAGAAAACCGAGAAGAAAGAGGACGAGGAGAAAAAGGAAGAGGAGGAGAAAGAUGAAAAAGAGGACUCUAAGGACAUCAGUAAAGAUAAAGAGAAGUGUGAGGGAGAGGAGGAAGAGGGUAAGGAGCAGAGCACACCACGUGGCCGAAAGACCGCAAACAGCCAGGGCCGCCGCAAAGGCCGCAUCACCACUCGCUCCAUGGCCAAUAAUGAGGCUGCAUCUGUGGUGUCUGAAGACCCACCUCCACCACCACCUGAACCAGUUUUGCCAGAGCCAGCACCCCCUUCCAAACCUGAGCCGACACAGAAACCAGCUCGAGAGCCGGCAAAACCCUCUAUUGCAGCCAGCGCAGACACACGAGGCGCGGUUGAAGCUGGAGAGACGUCUCGCUGGACGGAGGAGGAGAUGGAGAUCGCCAAAAAAGGUCUGGUUGAACAUGGCAGGAACUGGUCAGCCAUUGCUAAGAUGGUAGGCAGUAAGAGUGAAGCUCAAUGUAAGAACUUUUACUUCAACAACAAGAGGCGAUACAACCUAGACAAUCUACUACGGCAACACAAGGUACAGGGUUCCCGCCGGCUUCGUGGAAAUCGAGACCCCUCGCAGAGCGAUCCAGUGCCUGAUGACGAUGAGGAGAGUGACGGUCCAGAUAACAGUUCAGACACAGAGAGUGCGCCUUCUCCAACUCAAACUGAUCCCUCCAAACCCUCAGAAUCACUAACUCAUACCAGUUCAGCAGUGGAUGGCGGAUCAGACCAGGACGUCACUGCAGCCAAAGGCCCGGUGGCAGAUGCCAAAGGCCAGGAGUCUCCAUACGGUGAGCUGAAGGUUAAAAUUGAGAAGAGUCCAGAAGGAGGAGCCGGAGAUGUGCUUCCUCAGGAUGAUCGAGCACGCUCAGCUUAUGAAAUGCAGAUCCAUCCAAAGAGCGAGCCGCAGGAUGUGGAGAUGACUUCUCCGAGCACUGAUAGGGCACAGGUGCAGGUCAAGACGGAGCCAGAGGUCAAGGACAAGGAGGAGAGACAGGGGGAGCAGCAGCACUCCGACAAUGACUCCAGUGCCACCUGCAGUGCCGACGAAGAUGUGGAGGCUGAACCUGACCGACAGAGAAUGUACUCUCUGGAGAAGCCAUCACUGCUUGGUCCUUCAGGCUCAGUGGUCGUGUCCUCAGCCAAACUCCUCAACAUGCAGCAAAUACAGCAGCGGGCCGCCACCAUCCCUCCUAUGGUCAGUGCCCAUAGCCUCUACCCCCACUUAGCAUUCAGAUAUGCCCCUCUGGACAGAGACAGGGUCCAGCCACCCCGUCAUGUUUCAGCUUCAUUUGGUCACAGUGGAGUACCUGGUGGUCCCAUGAGCGGGUUUGCUAUGUUCCAGCACCAAAUCAAAGCUGUGCAUGAGUCUGUGCAGGAAGACAAACAGAGACUAGACCAGAACGAGUCUGACCGCAGAACGCGUGUCACAACGCACAGCCCCACUGUACUGGACAGAGAAGGUAAACCGUUCGCUUAUAUGCCAUAUGACCUGAAACUGAUGGAGCAGGAAGCUCUUGGUGGAGCAGGCAGACCGGGCUCUCCAUACAGACUUUCUCCUCGGGAGCCUAGCAAAGCCUCACCCCAACCUGAUGGCAGUAAUUCUGCACGCUACAGUGUUCCUCCAGUUCUUCAGCCGGCACCAAACCAGGCAGUCCAGACUGUUUCAGAUGUCCGCAUGACGUUCUCUCGGCACAGGCCGCCAAACAUUCCCUCUCCUCCACCCCUCAUUCACACCUCCAAACCCACAGACAAGCCCUCCUUCAUUCAAGGCGGCUCCAUUUCGCAGGGUACGCCAGGAACAUACCUUCCUCCUCAAUCACACGCGGUGUACAUACCCGAGGUGGUCAAGACCACAGGAGGGUCAAUCUCACUCGGCUUGCCAAGACAGCAAGACCCUGCCAAACCUGUGUCAUACAUUAAGCAAGAGGAGUGUUCUCCACGUGGACAGAGUGCUCAGGCAGAGGGUCUCUUAUCCAGAGCUCAGUAUGACGGAGUGGUCAGAGGAGGACCCAUGCAGAUUCAGGACAUGAGAGGAACCCCUGGAAAAGGCCAAGAGGGCUUGCCCUUCAGAGGAGGCUCCAUUACACAGGGCACUCCUGCACUGACUCAGUCCAAUGUAGCAGCAGAACUUUUAAAGGGCACUAUUGCUAAACUGGCCACAGAGGACCAGAACAGUCCAGAGAAGAGUCGAGCAGAAGCUCAUUCCAAAGCUCACGUCAUCUAUGAAGGCAAAAGUGGACACAUUCUUUCCUAUGACGCCAUUAAGAACCCUAGAGAGGGCACAAGAAGCCCACGUAUGGGGCACGAUCUUAAGCGCACAUAUGACAUCAUGGAGGGAUCACGGGGACACACACCACGUGAGACUACACCUUAUGAAGGUUUGAUUUGCAGAACAUUGAGGGAAAGUCCACAUGAGUCGAAGGAUCGACCCAUGCUUGCAGGAUCCAUAAUGCAAGGAACACCAAGAGCCUCUACUGAAGUCUAUGAUGAAGCCUCCAAAUAUGGUAAACAGAUCAAGAGGGAGAGUCCACCCAUACGCUCUUUUGAAGGUGGCAUCACAAAGGGUAAACCAUAUGAAGGUGUUAACACCAUAAAGGAAAUGGGCCGCUCUAUUCAUGAAAUCCCCCGCAAGGAAACCCAAGAUAGCCGCAAAACUCCUGUUUUAGAAGGUUCUAUUACUCAGGGUAUUCCCCUGAAGUACGAGGGCAGUGCUGUGAACCCAUCUGCCAUUAAGCACAAUGUUAAAUCUCUAAUCACAAGCCCAGUAAAGAUCUCGCACUCUGCGAUCGAGGCAGCCGAGCGUGAGAGGGCCAAGUAUGAGGAUGCAAAGGCGUCUGAGCGUGUCCGGCACACUUCUGUAGUAAACUCCACAUCUGUCCUGCGCUCCACUCAUGCAGAGGCAGGAAAGGCUCAGCUCAGUCCAGGCAUGUAUGAUGACAGCAAUGCACGGAGAACACCUACAUACAGUAGCACCUCCAUACCCAGAGGAUCUCCCUUGCUGCGAGGGCAAGAGGGAAGUAUAACCACAGGUAAACCAGUUUCUCAUGAAAGGAAGAGUGCACUGACCCCCACCCAGAGGGAUAGUGUUCCUGCCAAAUCGCCUGUGUCUGGAGCUGACCCUCUUGGCUCUCACAGCCCAUUUGACCCUCACCACAGACCUGUGGUACCUGGAGAGGUCUACCGGACUCACCUGCCGCCACACCUGGACCCCACCAUCGCCUUUCACCACAGAGUCCUGGACCCAGCAGCGUAUAUGUUCCCACGGCAACCAUCGCCAACUGGAUACCCCAACACUUACCAGCUGUAUACCAUGGAAAACACUCGGCAAACCAUCCUAAACGAUUACAUCACGUCACAACAGAUGCAGGUCAUACCACGGCCUGAUCUCGCAAGGGGACUAUCGCCACGUGAACAGUCUAUUGCCAUCCCGUACCCGCCACCUAGAGGAAUAAUUGAUCUAGCCCAGAUGCCACCUACCAUCCUGUUACCUCACCCUGGGGGCACAGGUUCCCCCUCCCUGGACCGCAUCACCUACAUCCCUGGACCUCAGACCCCUUUCCCUCCUAGGGCAUUCAACCCUGCCUCCAUAUCUCCAGGACAUCCGGCUCAUCACAGUGCCGCUGCAGCCAUAGUGGAGCGGGAGACUCAGAGAGAAAAGGAGCGCGAGAGGGAAAGGGAAAGAGAGCGAGAAAGAGAGCAGAGAGAACGGGAGCGUGCAGCAGUAGAAUAUAUGCGUGGGGGUCCCGAGCAGCCUGUUCGACCAGGCAGCCGUAGUUUCCUGCGCUCCACCUCUCCAUCUGUAAGGGCACAGGAAGGUGUCCUCCAGCAGCGGCCGAGCAUCUUUCAGGGCACUAACUCCAAAAGCGUCAUUACCCCACUCAUGCCAAUGCAGUCACAAGCAGCUGCAGCUCAAGCAAACUCCCGAUACAACAACGCUGCUGAUGCCCUCGCCGCCUUGGUGGAUGCUGCCGCUGCAGCACCGCAGAUGGAUGUAGCAAAAGUCAAGGAUGGCAAGCACAGUAACAGUAGCUCGCGAGAUGAUGAGGUGAUGUCAUCACGCCGGGCAGCACAGGAGUCACAGGAGCUGGAGCGCCGUUCCAUGCAGUCGCCAUACGGAGACAUGUCACUUCCUGGCGGAAAACCUUCCCAAUCAGUGUAUGCUGAGGGUGGAGGAGCCGCAGGGAGCAAAGAGAAAGCCCCACCCACAAAAUCACGCAUGGAGGAGGAGCUGCGCACACAUGGAAAGACCACCAUAACAGCUGCAAACUUCAUUGACGUCAUCAUCACACGGCAGAUCGCCCCAGAUAAAGACUCCCGAGAGAGAGGCUCACAGAGCUCCGACUCCUCUAGCAGCAUGUCAUCCAGCCGUUAUGAUGCUCAGGGAGGAAUUGAGGUGAUCAGCCCAGCAAACUCUCCAGCCCUGAGAGAAGACAAGAGCGAAGGAUCCUUCCCAUCUGAAAAAAGCUCUCAGCUGCCCACAGGAAUGUCAUUUGGCCGGUACAGACAGCCCGGGGAUUCAGGACCAUCUGCACCCCAGCCGCCCCCCUCCUCACAAUCAGACAGUUAUGGCUCUGUCCCAAAAACACACCGCAUCAUGACCCUCGCUGACCACAUUUCGCAUAUCAUUACCCAGGACUUUGCCAAGAGCCAGGACACUCCCCCAUCGUCCACUUCACUGCCUUCCUCCUCUUCCUCGCUCUCCUCCACAUUCCAGAGCUCUGGUGUUGGAGGUGGUGUGGGUCGAGUAAAAGCCCUGAACCGCUACAGCCCAGAAAACCCAACUUCUGCUCACCAUCAGAGACCAGCAAGAGUAUCUCCUGAAAACUCUUCCGAUAAAUCAAGAGCCAGGCCAGGCAGGUCUCCUGAUCGAGGUCGAGGACUGGAGAGCUAUGAGCCCAUCUCUCCUCCUCAGGGUUAUUCUGGGAUGGAUAAACAGGAGGCCAGUGUGCUGCAGAGUCAAAGACGAGAGCAGGAUCUUCCUGAACAGAGGACUGACUCACGCUCCCCAGGCAGUGGCAUUUAUCUGCCCUCGUUCUUCACCAAACUGGAGAGCACAUCUCCUAUGGUUAUGUCCAAAAAGCAGGAGAUUUGUCGCAAAGCAGAAGUCGGUAAUGCUCAGCCAGGCACAGAAAUCUUCAAUCUCCCAGCAGUAACAACAUCAAGCAGUGUAAACCCUAGAAACCACUCGUUCAGUGAUCCAGCCAGUAAUCUGGGUCUGGAGGACAUCAUCAGGAAGGCUCUCAUGGGGAACAUGGAGGAGAAGCAGGAGGACCAGCAGCAGCAGCAGCAAACCCUGAUGAGCGCAGCAAACUCCUCAGGCAGCAUGAGCAGUAUUUCAGAGAGCCGGCAGGAGGCCAACCCGUCCCCUAACACAGCAGGGAAGCAGAAGCUUCAGAGCAAAGCAAGCAGCAGGAAAUCAAAGUCUCCCAACCCAGGCCAGGCAUACUCAGCCGGAGAGCGGCCCUCUUCUGUGUCCUCUGUCCAUUCAGAGGGCGAUUACCACAGACAGGCUCCCACCUGGGCAUGGGAGGACAGGCCCUCGUCCACGGGUUCAAUGCAGUUCCCUUACAACCCCCUGACGAUGCGCAUGCUCAGUAGUACCCCACCUUCCUCCAUGGCCUGCCCGUCUCCCUCCAUGCAGUCCCAGCAGCAAGCACAGGGUGGCACCACGGGCCCUGUGGCUCCCACACGAGCCUGGGAAAGAGAGCCACCACUGCUGUCAGAGCAGUACGAGACCCUCUCAGACAGCGACGACUGAGGCAGUGACCCCACCCCUCUCCUUCACACGCGUCCAUGUCCCGCUCCUGCUCACCAUCGCCCUUCUUUCACUGUCUUCAUGAAUCCCACUCACUGCCACUGGAGGGUGAGAUUCAGCUGCGAAGGAGGACCCACGUUUGGUGCUACUUUGGUGCCCACUGGUGGUCAGAGAGAGCAUUGCAGAGAGCCACUGAUUGAAUCCGACGCUUUGGCCCGUUUGGGGAUUAAAAACUAGAUCUAAUCCCAAGUGAAUAGAGACGAAGGAUGAAGAACUUGUAAAGAACCUUGUUUGCUGAAAAUUUGUUUCUGUAAAGAUUUUUUGUCUUUGAAAAAGAAAAAAAUCUAUGGAUGUAAAUAGAGUAACCUUUUGCAGUGUUUUUCCUUUAACUCUUAUUUUCCCUGCGUUUUUAACAUUGCUUUUUAAAUCUUUCCCAGUUUGAUGGAUGACUGGGUGGAUGGUUGUAUGGAUGAAUGGAUGGUUGGAUGGAUGACUGGGUGGAAGGAGACACUGGCGAAUUUAGUGUUCAGCUGAGUGAAGAGCAUUGAGCUUCCCACAUCUGAAAGUAAUGGUCUGAUGGAAACAAAACGCAAACAGACUUCAUUGCCUUUCCCCCUUCAGAUGCGGAGCCUGUGUGUGUGUGUGUGUGUGUGCAGCACUGUUGACGUCUUUCCAUUUGUUACUGUAGGGAGGAACCACAAUCGUUCAUCAACUCUUCUAGGAGGACUCAAUGAAAGACGCCAUAAGCCUUUUCUGGUUUUCAGAUUGACAGUGAAGCUUCAGACAUAAGAUGAAUGUUCAGUUUUUCCGGCUUUUCUUUUCAGCUUGGUCUUUAGCAGUGGCCUGUUGCAGAUCUGUGCAGUGUUUGGGCUACCAUUGAAUGUCUGGCAGUGUGACGCGACCCGUCAUCUUUACUUUGCUGACUGUUCUUUCAGGGCGUUUCUUACAGGUUUUAUGUGGUCACCGCCACCCUUCCCUCAGUAACUUUAUUUGCUUUUUGAAGAAUAUGUUUCUGGGGAAAAGUUUGUAAAUCUUUUACUGAUGACAAAGGAGUCCAAAUGUGUGAUUUUUCUUUUUAUUUCUUCUUUUUUUUCUCCCUAGACCACAAAACAAAAUGCAAAGACAAAAAGAGGAAGUACCAAACUUGAUACAUCUCUGCACCAUUGUUGCACUUUUUUUUCCUUCGUAAUUUUGAAAAGCUUAAGAACAUACUACCUGUAAUCUAAGUUAUUCAGUGUCAUGCAGGGGUCUGGAGCGCUUUCAGAUAUAUUCAUGUACCAAUCACUUACUCCAUUUUUGACUUUUUUGUUUGGAUUAAGCGUAUAAAAUCGGUACCGUUUAUCUCAGCGGCUGCCGAGUGGUGGCUCUCAUUCAUUCAGAGAUCUGAAUGUCUCCGUGUCUGAAAGUGAAUAAGCUCAGUUUUUAGUUACAUGCAGAAGUAGUUCAAUGUUUUGAAAGCUAAUGGAGGUCCCUGAUAUCUGAAGACGUCUCGCUAUCCUGCUUUUUCUGCACUUUGUGUGCUUCUGCUUGGUUUCAGUAACACCAACCGUCUGAUCUUUAUUUGAAAUAUGGUUUUGUUUCUUCAUAAGUUUCAAAAAACAAUGUCGAGCUGACGUUUGGGUUUUUCCACAUUCUUAUUUUCCGUCAUUUUCAGCAUCAAUGUUAUAUUCAUCCUGUUUAACAGGGUGUCAAGUGUUUACAGUGGCGUUGACAAAAUGGUGAAACUUGAAUCUUAAAGAAAAUGAAAAUUGCUCAUCAUGUCAGUCUAUUUUACAGUCCAGCUUUGCAAGGGGGACUUCCUUUUUUCUGGUCUGUUCUAAAUCUAGACUUGGAAAAAAAAGCAUCCCCUGAUGUUGAAAUCCAAUGUUUGUAUCACUCUGUCUCCUCAAUAGAUGGAUGAGAAAUGUGCAGACCAAUCAAUAAAGUAGAACAGAGCUCCACCUCUCUGAAA